AUGUUUUUAUUGUGGAGCGCCAGGCAAUUAUUGUCCCUUUGGUUACUGCAUAUUAUUGUUUAUAUUGGAACAGUUAAUGCGAAAUUAAAAGGACGGAUCUGUGCUUAUGGUGAUAUUGAUAGGGAUCUUUACACCGAUAUCAUUGUUCAGGACAGCGAUCGACUGAAGAUUUAUCUCCAAAAUGAGAAUGGUGAGUUUUCUGAAGCGGGACAAAAUAUCAAUCUCGGGUCAGCACAGAUUGUUUCAUGCGCCAUCGGCGAUUUCAAUGGUGACUCGGUACCUGAUAUAUUAGUAUCAAAAAAGAAGCCGAGCGGUGGCUUCUUUUCAUCCGGUGAGAAAGGCUAUGAAUCGACGGUGUACAUGUUCCUGUACAGUGCAUACAAGCCAUUUUACCUGAAUGCAACAUUGCUGGAUGAAGUGGCUGUGAUGGACGUGAAUGGUGAUGGGAUCAGUGAUGUGGUCGGUUUUCACUUCAACGGCUCAUUAUUUUGCCAACUUGGCUCUGCAUCCGGGAAUUUCUCCUCAUGCGAACGUUCGUUCAACGGUGGCUUCUUUUCAUCCGGUGAGAAAGGCUAUGAAUCGACGGUGUACAUGUUCCUGUACAGUGCAUACAAGCCAUUUUACCUGAAUGCAACAUUGCUGGAUGAAGUGGCUGUGAUGGACGUGAAUGGUGAUGGGAUCAGUGAUGUGGUCGGCUUUCACUUCAAUGGCUCAUUAUUUUGUCAGCUUGGCUCUACAUCCGGCAAUUUCUCCUCAUGCGAACGCUCCUUCAAAGGCUUUGGCGCUGAACCAUAUGAGCGCUUCCUGCAUUCAUUCGUUGAUAUAAAUGGUGAUCUGAGUGCCGAAAUAAUAUUUGGCACAAAACAGGAUGGUCGUUUGAAAAUGGAAGCCUGGCGACGAAAAUCAAAUGAACUAUGGGAACUGGAUAAUACACUGAUUGCUGAUCUACCGGCCGAAUCGUGUAGCACAAAUUAUUUCGGUGCGGUACUAUUCGCCGAUUUUGAUGCUGAUGGUACCAUGGAUAUUGGCCUGCCAUGUUGUGCGGAUGCGGCAUGCCGAAAAGUCCUCGUUAUCAAUAUGUGGAAUUAUCGUAUUGGCGCAUGGCAAGAUUUCCAUAUCACAGGGCUCGAGGGAUCUGAUUUGGUAUCGAAAAAAGAUGAAGGGAAUGUUGUUUUUCGGGUUGGUGAUUUUUCCCUGGAUGGAUACCCAGAUUUGAUAGCACUUGUCCGAGAGAAAACACAAAAUCCAAUGAUUUUGGAGAAUGUACCGUGCACCGAUUGUAUUUCAAAUGCUUCAAGGAGAUUUGAGCUGCGCACAAGUCCACGACUCAUACAACCGGCCGAUGUUUCACUGGGACAAAUUCAGCUUGCAUCAUUUUUUGAUCUGAAAGAGGAUGGAACCCUGGAUGUAUUGCUGGAAUAUAAAGAUGCGGAUCAGAGUAUGGCUGUUGAUUUCAUCAAAUGUGAAGAUAAGGGUGAUACAACGUUUCUCAAAGUACAAGUGUUCUCAAGCACUUGCGAUCAGUUCUGCAGCUCGACAAAAACCAAAAUUGGAAGUGGUAUUGCCUGGCACGGUGCUUGCGUAAUGUUCAGUAUGUCGGAUUCGUGGGGCCAUGAUCAGGUUGGAUCGCAGUGUCAAAUGCCACAGACAACUCAUCGCGCUCUUUCUACACCAUUCUCAUUGUUUGGUUUAGGGCGAUCCCCAAAUUUCGUUGAUUAUGGUAAUAUUUUUUGGAUUUUUUAGCU